AUGGCGGCGAGGUCUACUUUUGUCUGUGAGACUUGGUGGGGAAUGCGGCGAGAGCGGGACUCUGGGGAUCCUCUCGGGGGCUACGGGGAGCGCGGCUGCACCGAACUGAGGACAGAGAGCACGGAGGACAAAUCCCCCCAGGAGAACCUGGAAAGACCCAGCCUGUGGCAAGAAGACCGCCGGAGCUUGAAGGGGAGCCCCAACCUGGUGGUCCCUGACCAACCUCCCAACAGGGAGAAGCCCUUCAAGUGCUUGGAAUGUGGGAAGAGCUUCAGCCAGAGCACCGACCUGAUCCGACACCAGCAGAUCCAUACCGGCGAACGUACCUACACAUGUGGGGAAUGUGGGAAGAGCUUCAGGAGCAACUCCAACCUGAUCCAACACCAGAGCAUCCACACUGGGGAACAACCCUACAAGUGCAUCGAAUGUGGGAAGACGUUUAGGACCAGAUCACGUCUCCUCAUGCAUGAGCAGACACACACGGGGGAGAGACCCUUCCGCUGCACCAAUUGCGGGAAAAGCUUCAAGCAGAACUACACCCUUGUCACCCACCGGGGCAUCCACACCGGGGAAAGACCCUACAAGUGUGGGGAGUGUGGGAAGAGCUUCACCCAGAGCUCUAACUUGACCUCACACCAACGGACCCACUGCAGGGAGAAGCCCUUCAGGUGCUUGGAAUGUGGGAAGAACUUCAGGAAGAGCUCCCACCUCCUCACCCAUCAGCACACCCACACUGGAGUUCUUCCCUACAUGUGUGGGGAAUGUGGGAAGAGCUUCAGCCAGAGCUCCACCCUCUGCAAACACCAGCACAUCCACACAGGAGAAUGUCCCUACACGUGUGGGGAAUGUGGGAAGAGCUUCAGGGACAACUCCACCCUCCGCACUGGGGAACGACCCUACAAGUGCUUGGAUUGUGGGAAGAGCUUCACCCAGAGCGGUGCCUUGACGAGACACCAACAGACCCACCAGUAAGAGAAGCCCUACCAGUGCCCCGACUGCGGGAAGAACUUCAACCGCUCCUUCCACCCCGAAUGAACCCCCUGAUGGUGAGGCAACCCCUGGAGUCCGGUGACUGUCAGUCCAUCCCUUUUGACCAGAAAGGAUCAGUCCCCUUUCACAGGGGCAGCUUCUUCCAACAGAACCAUUCCUGGGGGGUGUGUGGAGAUUCCUGCCUUGGCUGGGGACCCCCCAAUAUCAGUCCUGGAGGUUGAGAGCAGAGAUCUCCUCACGAGCGUUGGUCUGGGGGAGUUCCAUCCAUCUCUAAUGAAGAAUUAUUGCUUUUGUGCCAACUUGAGUAGAAUUGCUUCAACAAUUGCUGUAGGGUAGAGCACUGUCCUAUCUUAUCCUGUACUCCUGGUAGUUUUAGUGUUUGUAUUGUGCAGUAAAUAAUUCUGAUGAAGAUCUUUUGUCUGAU